CAGUUUCCAGGGUAACGGAGUGUAAGCCUGUGAUGAGCUCCCUGCUGAACACCAGGCAUCUGCAGGCAGGAAUAUCCAACCAGCCUUUGGCCCAUCACUCAGUGCCAACAGACCUAACAGGAUCCAAUAGAGCAUCAACCAUUGGGGUCAUGCAGGAGGUGCAGGAGGUUCGCGAGCUUGUGAUUAAUAAGGAGCAGCUUAUACAGCAGCUACACAGCCAGUUAAGAGAUGCUAUCCAAAGCCAGGAGCUGGGCCGUAUGGAGAUUAUUGAAAAGGAGGCCAAGCUGCAGGAGCUACAGGGAACUAUUACUGAACUACAUGAGGAGAUUUCAAUCAAAGAGUCCAAGGCAGUCAUCCAUUUGCAGGAGAAACACCAGCUGGAGAAGCAGGUUAAUGCCUUGAGCCAGGCAGUUAAAAGUUCAUCUGUGGAUCCUAUGCUGUUAGGCUCACGUUCCUCUGCGUCAAAAUCUAAUGAGCUUUUAAAAAUAGAGUUGGAGCACAGAGAUGCAGAGCUGAGGAGCGCUCAGACUGAUCUUCUUACUCUUCAGAACACCAGAGAUGUUCUCACAAGCGAGCUGGACUCGCAGGAGCAGCAGCUGUACCGACUACAGCAGGAGCUGAGAGAGAGGCAGGAAGAACUGCAGCAGAGACAUUGCCGAAUACAGCAGCUUCAUCAUGACCUGAAGACCACAAGUAGCCAGAGGGAUGAAGCCCUCCAGCAGCUCUCUGAAUCUAACCUGCGCCUCUCAGAGUGUGAAGGGGAAAUAUUUGCUCUAAACGUUUGUCAGCAAGAACACCUAGCCGAGAUUGAAAAGCUGAGAGAAGAGUGCUUUUCCAACCAGAGAUCUCAGAUCUUUAAGCCAGAAUGGGAACUUGAGCAGAAACAGAAAAUAGAACAGAGACUUUCUAAAGCUGAGAAUCAAGACCAGGAAAAUCAGAAGUUAAUCCACAGGCUUAGAGCAGAACUCCAAAACUUUACAUUUACCGUGGAUGCUCUGAAGGAACAGUUGCAGGGAGCUCAGGGAGAAGCGGCGUUUCUGAGAGGAAGGUACAGCAGCUCUCAGAUGGACGUACUGAAGCUACAGCAACAAGUCAGCGAGCAGGAACAGAAAAUACUAGCGCUGCAAACAGAGAACCGGACCAUAGCAGACAAUCUGCAUGAAGCCAGGGAAAAGCGGCUAAAUUGGGAGCGGCAUUUAGAUGAGCUGCAGAUGGAACGAUCACGUUUGCAGGAACAUUGUCAGAACCUGGAACAGGAGACCGGGGCUCUUCAUGCUGAGCUGGAGAAACAGAGCCUGGUUAAAAGUGAGCACAGCAGUUUGACUUCUGACAAGCUACAUCAAAAUAAGGAAAAGACUGAGCGUUUGUGGAAAGACCUGCUGGCUCUGCAGAGGCAGUUACAGCUUGCAGACGAAAAGGUACAGAUGAAAUCUCGGACUAUAGAGCAACUUCAGGAUCAGUUAUCUGAGUGUCAUUCUGCUAAAGAAACUGCUCUGAAAGAGAAUAUGUUCCUUCAGAAAGAAAAAGACAGUCUGCAGAUCACAGUCCACCAGCUAAAGAUGGAGGAACUUCAUGCUGAACAACGUGUGAGCACAUUACUGAAUGAGGCUGAGUCUCUGCGGCUGGAUGUCAGCAAGAGAGAAAUAGAGCUCCAGGGUUUGAGAGAACAAUUACACAUCUCUCAGGACGCUGUGCAAAAUGCUACAAGGGAGAAGGAAGAAUACAAGAGAGAAGCAGAGGCAUUGGCGCAGCAAAAAGACAACACAAUUGAAUUGCUGCAGCAAGAAAUAAAUGAGCUGAAAAAGCAGAACGAGUCUUCCAGUUCCCAGCUCUUGCAGUGCCAGACAUUGGUGGACCAGCAAAAGCACGAGCUGACGGAAAUGAAAGAGAAGCAAGGAGACGAAACUAAACAAGUAACCGAGCUCUGCAAUAGCAAUGAGAAAGUGCAGUUGGAACUCGGCAUCUUGAAGGAGAAACACAAAGCUGCCCAGAAAGAGGUUAUAAGUCGAGAUCAGAUGAUUCUUAAGCUCCGGGCAGAUCUCACAGCUGGAGAACAGGCACUUCAACAGGCACAAAGUGAAAUUGCUGAGAGAAAUGAGGAAAUACGUAAUGCUCACGCAAAGGUCAAGAACUUGCAGAGCGAUGUGCGAAGCCUUCAAGAGAUGUGUACUGAGCGUGAAACUACAGCAGCUGAAAAGGAAAAGCUAAUCCACACACUGCAACAAGAGCGAGAUAAGAGUCUGCAAGAGGUGCAGAAACAGCUGCAGGAGCUGACAUCUUUGAGGCAGAGUCAGCAAAUAGAUGCAGAACGCAUACAAACUAGUACUCAGUGCCUGGAGGAAGAGUUGGAGUCAGUAAGCAGAAGGAAUGAUGAUCAGGAGAAAGAACUUCAGCACUUAAGGGGGACCGUAGAAAGACUUGCACACGAUCUGAAGCUAUCACAACAUCUGCAGCUACAGCUAGAGGAGCAGGUGUCACAGCGUGAUAUAGAUCUACGUCAGCGCGCAGAAGAAGUACAACAUAUGCAGGCACGUCUGUGGGAGGCUGAAGAGCGAGCUGUGAAGGCAGAGAGUCAGAGUAGUUCUGUCAACAGUAGCAUGGAACUUUACCGCAGUAAAUACCAGGCUUCUGUGAACAGAGCUGGGGAGUUGGAGAACAAUCUUAGACAACUUGAAGAUGAAGUACAAGAGAUGAAGCAGGAGGUGUCUGAGAGAGAUUCCCAUCUCUCUGCUUUGCGAGGGGAGCUGCUAGUUCUGCAACAUGAACUGGAAAGUAAAUGUUCAGAUUUAGAUCAUUGUGAGGAAGCUAUUGACCAGCUGACCCAAGAACUUCAGGCCACCCAGAGAGACCUGUCUGCAAGUCGUGAGCAAGCACUUGAGAGUGAGGAGAUCCUUCAUUCAGUGCGAGAGCAUGCCGCUAGGUUGCAGGAUCAGGUAGUGGAAUGGGAGGAGGAGUUUGUAAAGCUGCAGACAGAUUUUUCCUCAUACAAAGCCUGCCACAGAUACAGUGAUGACAAUUAUGGGGAACUGGAGAGGCUUGUUCUGCAGCUCACAAAGGAACUGAACCACGCUGAACAGGAAGCAGAGAGACAGAAGAAGGAGAUGGAGCAAAACCAAACACUACUGCAAGAGUUAAAACUGGAUUUAACAAAGGAAAGGGAACAGAGAAACAGCACAAUGAGAGAUCUAGAUCGCCUUGAGCAGGAAGUAAGCAGUCUACGCAGAGAUACCACUUUACAAGUGCAAGACCAUAAACGUCAUGUAUCUCAGCAAGAGCAAAAAAUUCAGAAACUACAGGAGGAACUAAAAGCUAGCAAUAAGCUGGCUGCCCAGAAAGAGCAGGCCGUCCAGAAGCGAGAUUCUCUCUUACGACAGUCAGAGACUGAUCUCCUGCAAGCUCGCAGCUCUCUGAAAAUGCUGAACAAGGAGAAAGAGCGCCACCUGGAGUCUGCAUCUGGAAGGGAAAAGAGAUUGCAAAGUGUUCAAAAAGAGUGUGAGCAGAAAGACCGAGAGAAUUGCACCAUAAGAUUAGAAUUACAAGACCUGAAAAAGGAGCUGCAAGAAGCCUACUCACUUCACCAACAAGCAGUGCAGGCACUAGCAGGCCAGGAAGAAAAGACGCUCUUGGUAGAGAGUGCCCUACAUAGCACGCAGGAACAGCUGAGUGAGCGUGUGGCUGAAGUUGUGAGACUGGAUCAGAAUGUCCGCAAACUGGAAAGUGUCAUGCGCACUCUGAGAGAACAGACCAGCAGUAGUGAAGAAGAACUGGAACAGUGCAGAGCACUAAUUGAACGCCUGAAAUCAGAACUAAGUGAGGUGAAGAAGAAACAGGAGACUUCAGCCCUUGAGGCCAUAAGGUUGGAGCACUUAGUCCACAAGCUAGAGACAGAGAGGACAAAUGAGCAAGAACAGCACAAAGCUUUGCAGCAACAGUUACAGGAGCAUAGUGUGAUCCAGCAGAAUCUUAGAACAGAACUGGUUCAGCAACAGAAUCGACACAAAGAACUACAGAAACAGCAGCUACGAAGUAAAGAACAAGGGAGCUCACUGCAGAAAGAGGUGGAAGAUCUACGUCUACGAGUGCAACACGCGGAUAGGCUGCUGGCAGAGCGUGACCGGGCACUGCAGAGUUUGCAAAACAGCUACUCAGAAAUUGAAAGGAAAUAUAUUAGCGCACAGGAAGAAGGCAGAGUGAGUGCAGCUGAGCUUGAGAUCACCAAGAGUUCUCUGCAGCAGGGGCAGAAGAAGAUCCAAAUUCAAACUAAGGAGCUCAAUCAUCUGGAAGAAUCGUUGUUGCUUUUGCGCUCAGAUGCGGAGGCAGCACAGAAACUUGCCACAGGAAAAAGCAAAGAGCUGAAUACAGCCCAGGAGUGUUUACAAGAGUUGCGGGGCCAACUGACUGUUGCUCAGGGGGGGCAAAGAGAAGCCAUAGAACAGCUAGGAGAAAAAAGCAGAGAACUGGCUGCUUUGAGGAGCGAGUUGCAGAGAAGCCAGCAGAGAAAGGCUGAUCUAGAAAGGGACUCUGCGGCUCAGGAUGAAAGAAUAUGGAGGAUGAACUCAGAGAUAAGUUCCCUGCAUGAGAAGCAGAGGCAAACAGAACAGGAGAUUGCAGUCUGUGAGAAACGCAUGAGUGAGCUUGGCAAACAGCUAGAGCACUGGCAUUCACGGUAUCAAGAGAGUAAUCUACAGCUGGAUCAUAAAGAAGAAAGGCUUAAGCAUCUCCUGGCAGAACUAGAAUCCUUAAAAGAAAAACAACAGAAUGACGCCAAAGAGAAAGAUGCCUUACAGAACAUAUUCAACCAAAUGAAGCAAGAGUUUGCUGUAACCACUAGUGAGCUAGAGACUACAAGGAACUCUCUGAAUACAGCAAGGUCAGAUUGUCGGCGACUGCACCGCGAGAGCGAGUUGGUGGUGUGCAAUGUAAACGAAUGGGUGCGGGAACAGAAGGAAGCCAACAAGACACUGACGGAGAAGAUUAGAGACCAGAGUAAGCAGAUCCUAGAACUGACAACAGAAAAAGAUCACAUUCUAGAACGGAUGCAUAAACUGCAACAGGAGAGCAAACACCUGCGGAAUCAAAGAGAAGAGAGACGGACAGAAAAUGAAUGUUAUAAGACACUUUAUAAAUCAGAUCUGGAACUCCAAAGUUCUCGCCAACUACCUACAGAGGAAAUGAGUGCAAGAAGAGCGUUUAGCAGUCUUGGAAAUUUGAGGACCAAACGACAAACACAUUCCUGAACCUUAGGAUCUGCAAUGUACACACUUAAAAGACUUUGGGAUUUAUAAAGAACAGUGGCUGUUUAUUUUUUGUAAAGCUUUUUUUUGUAAAUCAAUUUUGUUAAAGUGUAUUUUUAAUUGUUUUUAUUAAUAAAUUAUAAUUUUUUGGUAUAAAAAAAUUAACUGA